GUCUUCGGGGCCCCAAGGCCCUGCUUCUGCGCUUGCGCGCCGAGGCCAGUCAGAUGCCGGUGGUGUCUGCUGCUGAAGAGGAAAGAUGGCGCUUGACGGACCAGAGCAGAUGGAGCUGGAAGAGGGGAAGGCAGGCAGUGGACUCCGCCAAUACUAUCUGUCCAAGAUUGAAGAACUUCAGCUGAUUGUGAAUGACAAGAGCCAAAACCUCCGGCGGCUGCAGGCACAGAGGAAUGAGUUAAAUGCAAAAGUUCGCCUGUUGCGAGAAGAGCUACAGCUGCUGCAGGAACAGGGCUCCUACGUUGGGGAAGUAGUCCGGGCCAUGGAUAAGAAGAAAGUGCUGGUUAAGGUACAUCCCGAGGGCAAGUUUGUUGUAGAUGUGGACAAGAACAUCGACAUCAAUGAUGUGACACCAAAUUGCCGGGUGGCUCUAAGAAAUGACAGCUACACACUGCACAAGAUCCUGCCCAACAAGGUGGACCCACUGGUGUCACUGAUGAUGGUGGAGAAGGUACCAGACUCAACCUAUGAGAUGAUUGGUGGACUGGACAAGCAGAUCAAGGAGAUUAAAGAAGUGAUUGAGCUGCCUGUUAAACAUCCUGAGCUCUUUGAAGCAUUGGGGAUUGCACAGCCCAAGGGGGUGCUGCUGUACGGACCUCCAGGCACUGGGAAGACACUGUUGGCCCGGGCUGUGGCUCAUCAUACGGACUGCACCUUCAUUCGUGUCUCUGGCUCUGAAUUGGUACAGAAAUUCAUUGGGGAAGGGGCAAGAAUGGUCAGGGAACUGUUUGUGAUGGCACGAGAGCACGCUCCGUCUAUCAUCUUCAUGGACGAAAUCGACUCCAUUGGCUCCUCACGGCUGGAGGGGGGCUCUGGAGGGGACAGUGAAGUGCAGCGCACCAUGCUGGAGCUGCUCAACCAGCUGGACGGCUUCGAGGCCACUAAGAAUAUCAAGGUCAUCAUGGCUACUAACAGGAUCGAUAUCCUGGAUUCGGCACUGCUUCGCCCUGGGCGAAUCGACAGAAAAAUUGAAUUCCCGCCCCCCAACGAGGAGGCCCGGCUAGACAUUUUGAAGAUACACUCUCGGAAAAUGAACCUGACUCGGGGGAUCAACCUGAGAAAAAUCGCUGAGCUUAUGCCAGGAGCAUCAGGUGCUGAAGUGAAGGGCGUGUGCACAGAAGCUGGCAUGUAUGCUCUGCGGGAACGACGUGUUCAUGUCACCCAGGAGGACUUCGAGAUGGCAGUAGCCAAGGUCAUGCAGAAAGAUAGUGAGAAAAACAUGUCCAUCAAGAAGCUCUGGAAGUGAGAUGGAUGUUCUUCGUGUGGAUCUCCAAAUAAAGCUCUGUGGGUUAAGCCCUAUAGGA